AUGCGGGGCAAGGACGAUGAGUACGACUACCUCUUCAAAGUUGUGCUCAUUGGAGACUCUGGGGUGGGGAAGAGCAACCUCCUCUCGCGCUUCACCCGCAAUGAGUUCAACCUGGAGAGCAAGAGCACCAUCGGGGUGGAGUUUGCCACGCGGAGCAUCCAGGUGGACAACAAGACCGUGAAGGCUCAGAUCUGGGACACGGCCGGGCAGGAGCGGUACCGGGCCAUCACCUCGGCGUACUACCGGGGGGCGGGGGGAGCUCUGCUCGUCUACGACAUCGCCAAGUACCUGACGUAUGAGAACGCCGAGCGCUGGCUGAAGGAGCUGCAGGACCACGCCGACGCCAACAUCGUCAUCAUGUUGGUGGGCAACAAGAGCGCCCUGAGGCACCUGCGGGCCGUGCCCACCGAUGAGGCCAGGAGCUUUGCAGAGAAGAACGGGCUCUCCUUCCUCGAGACGUCUGCUCUCGACUCCACCAACGUGGAGACGGCUUUCCACAACAUCCUCUCGGAGAUCUACCGCAUCGUGUCGCAGAGGCAGAUCAGUGGGCAGCCGGAGUCAGAGUUCGGCCCCACCACGACCAUCGAGCCCAUCCGGGUGCUGCCCACGCAGCAGGAGGGCAGGCAGGCACCCUGCUGCCAAAAUAUCUGA